CUGUUCUCAGCCAAUCAGAUCAGCGGAUAAUGCUCCGACAACAAACAAAAGAUCGAGGCUAGCCGAGCUCAUCAUACUUUGUCGAUCCGUCUAGGCUAACGUUAGUAGUUACUUUGCCCCCAGCAACGACUAGCUCCCUGUUUUUUUAAACUUCUUCGCUCAGAUCCGGUGGGGCAGUCUCAUCCUCUUGUUUCUAUUUGUGUUUUAGUCAGACCUAAUGUCAACCUGAGCCAUUUUCAGCUAUCGCUUCGCCUUUGCUGGCCAAGCUAAACGCGUUAGCCAGGUUAGCUGUUCGGCUAACCAGCUCUGGCUGCCUCUCUGCAACAACCAGCGAAGCCAAUUAGCUUAGCUUCCUAGCUCGCUAGCUUUGCUAACUCCCCUUUAAAACUUGACACUGACGGACACAAGUGGUUCUGGCUUGUUGCUGACAAGCCAGUUUACUAAAACUCGUGUCGUAGCCAUGUCUGGACAGUCAUCCGGCGGUGGGUUUCUGAUGUCGGUAGUUGUCCACGGAGACUCGGCUCUGAACGAGCAGGAAAAAGAGCUCAAUCAACGGCUCCGACGGCUCUAUCCGGCCGUUAACGAAAACGAGACUCCACUUCCCCGAUCCUGGAGCCCGAAGGACAAGUUCAGCUACAUCGGACUGUCUCAGAACAACCUCCGUGUACACUAUAAAGGUCAUGGAAAAACACCCAAAGAUGCUGCAUCAGUGCGGGCCACCCACCCUAUCCCAGCUGCCUGCGGGGUCUACUACUUUGAGGUGAAGAUCAUCAGUAAAGGCAGAGAUGGGUACAUGGGUAUCGGCCUCUCAGCUCAGGGUGUAAACAUGAACAGACUCCCUGGUUGGGACAAGCACUCUUAUGGUUACCAUGGAGAUGACGGCCACUCCUUCUGCUCGUCUGGCACCGGGCAACCUUAUGGACCCACGUUUACAACAGGCGAUGUGAUUGGCUGCUGCGUUAACCUCAUCAACAACACCUGCUUCUACACAAAGAAUGGCCACAGCCUAGGUAUUGCCUUCACAGACCUACCACCUAACUUGUACCCGACCGUGGGCCUUCAGACUCCAGGGGAGGUGGUGGAUGCAAACUUCGGGCAGCACCCAUUCGUGUUUGACAUUGAAGACUACAUGAGGGAAUGGAGGACAAAAAUUCAGGCCCAGAUCGACCGCUUCCCCAUCGGAGAGCGCGAGGGCGAGUGGCAGUCCAUGAUCCAGAAGAUGGUGGCUUCUUACCUGGUGCACCACAGCUAUUGUGCCACAGCUGAAGCCUUCGCCAAAUCCACCGAUCAGGCCGUGCAUGAGGAGCUGGCCUCCAUCAAAAACCGGCAGAAGAUCCAGAAGCUGGUGUUGUCAGGUAGAAUGGGUGAAGCCAUUGAGACCACCCAGCAGCUGUACCCCAACCUCCUGGAGAGGAACCCAGACCUUCUCUUCAUGCUCAAGGUGAGACAGUUCAUAGAGAUGGUGAACGGGACAGACAGCGAGGUGAGAUGUCUGGGAGGUCGCAGCCCAAAGUCUCAGGACAGUUACCCCGGGUCACCCCGGCCCUUCAGCAGCCCCAGCCACAAAGCCAGCAGCUCCCAGCCCUACCUCACAGGGUUUGACAGCAACUGCUGUAAUGGUGUGACGUCUAAUAAGAGCCACAGCUCCUCCCCUCACAGUCAUAAGCCCUGCCCCCCGGGCUCUGGCUCCACCCUCCCGGCAUCCGACAUCAGCCUCAACGGGAGUCGCAGCCAACAGCCGAUAACCAGGGGCUCAAGUACUGCUGUUAUGUCAAAGCUGCCGGCGUCUCAGAGUAAUGAUGUGGAUAUGGAGGUCGAUCACUUCACCAACGGAGUGACAGAAUCGUCUUCCAAUGGUUUUCUCAACGGCACCUCCAAACACACCACGGAGCCUGAUGACUGUGACGCAGAUAUGGAGGUGGAGUCAGCACAAUCUAAGAGGCAGCUGUGCGGCGGAAGCCAGGCGGCCAUUGAGAGAAUGAUCCAUUUUGGCAGGGAGCUCCAGAGCAUGAGUGAACACCUCCGCCGUGAGUGCGGCAAGAACUCUGCUAACAAGAAGAUGCUCAAGGAUGCAUUCAGCCUGCUGGCCUACUCGGACCCGUGGAACAGCCCAGUCGGAUACCAGCUGGACGCCAUUCAGAGAGAGCCGGUCUGCUCCACUCUCAACAGUGCAAUAUUAGAGACUCACAACCUGCCCAAGCAGCCUCCCCUGGCCCAGGCCGUGGGUCAGGCCGCCCAAUGCCUCGCCAUGAUGGCACGAACUGGCAGUGGCUCCUGCGCCUUCGCCUCUGUGGACGAUUACCUACACUAGCCCCGUGUGCACGCAGACACACACACACACACACACACACACACACACACACACACACACACACACACUCUCUCCAAGGGCCUGUCCAGAAAUGCUUCUUUCCAACUGCUCAGUCAGUGUAGUCCUAUUAGCCGAGGAGGCAUUCCUCUGCACGCCGUCAUAGAAAGUCAACCAUCUCACUCGCUUCUGGUUCUCCUGUUGCUGAACGCCGCUGAGGGUCAGAAGACAUUUUUGGGCAGAUCCUUAGUGACACCACCUCCUUUUCCAUCAUAAAUAUGAAAUUACACCUCCACCUUCGGUUGGCUCCCCAUGCGUCUGCCUCCAUCUAACUGACAGUAGCUGACUUUAAAAAAUAAUCGGGGGGCUGAACUCGUGCGGACGUGCCACAGUCCCCGCAUUCCUGGGGGAGGAAUUGAACCGGGGGUGGACAGACUGUUAAAAAAUAUCUCUGGUCAAACAUAAAUGGGGGGGGGGGCAACAAUAAGAAAACAGACGAGUGGCCGCCAUGGUUGACCCACCAUUAACGUGGUCCCUGUAAACCUGUGGCUUACCAGGCAAACACACACAGAAAACACAAACAUACACACACACACAAAUAAGCACGGAGGCAAGCUGAUGCUGAUGCUGGGAUUGAAAAGUCCAUCUCACCGAGGCUUGCUCAAACUCCGGCCAAUGCAACCCUCCGUUAUGGCCUCCCCCCCCCCUCCGUAACUCUUCACCCUCCCUGCACCGCCUCCCUCCUGCUACCUUCCACUGACUUCAGGACAUCGGCGAAGAUAUGUGUGACGUACGUGGACUCGGGACUUCAGAGAAGCCAGAGAGAAUCUACAGUCUCGACUCAGCGUUCCCUAUUUUCAGUCUUUUGUUUAGUUUUUGUUUUUCUUCGGCGAAGUGGGCAGACGUGGGGAGGGGGGGAGGCGGGGUUACCUGGCUCUUGUUUUGUUUAGUUUUUCCAGGUUUACGAGGCAUGGUGCAGACGACGAUGAUUAUUCUUAUUAUUAUUCUAAUUAUCAAUAUAUUAAUUAUUGUUACUUGCAUUCACAGUAUAUUUGUUGAGCGCCAGCAAGAGCAAGUUCCUCCAACUUAUUAUAAUAAAGGUCCCGAUUCCACCGAUUACCAGUGACGAGCGUGUGUACAUGUUAACGUUUAUAUAUGAAUUUAACAAAAUAAAAUUAUAUCAAUAGAGCGACAUAUUUAGUUAUAGAAAUCACUGAAAAAAACAGUCCUUUAAUGCUUUGUACUGACACCAGUGACCCCUGAAGUGUGCUGGUUGUUCCCAGUCUGUAAAAUUUUCCUGUUUGGUUGAAUCCAGGGUUCCUACACAGGUGAAAGUUGACACAAAUUCCAGGUCUGGAAAAUGCUGGAAAAAACAGGUUUUGAGUUGUAAGAACUUGGCUGCAGAUUUUACAUGUUGUCCAUGAAGUCACUAAAGCUGAUCUGAGAGCGUCUUCAGACACUUCUGCUGGAUUUUCUAUAAUGAGUGUGCUGUGUAGGGGCCCUGCUUUGACCUCUGACUGCAUUUUAUCUGUUACCCUCCCUUCCCCCGUAGUAAACCCUCAGCCACACAAAAGAUUUGUUCCAAACAUUGUUAAUAUUUAUUUUUGUAUCUCUCUAUGCUAAUCUUUAACCCACAACAAACUCAGGAGCCAAAAUAUCCUCUUGUUCAUCCUUCUCGGUUCAGAAGCAGCUGAUUGGCCCCUGUGCCUCUAUUGAAUGCUGACUCGACUUUUGGUAAUUUAAAUCAGAUGAGAAAAACUGAGCAGGUGUGAAAUCGGCCUCUGAGGGAGCUCAGCCAUUUAAAGUCAAACUAAAAUGUCCUGUCUCCUAAAUGAGGGGGAAAAAAAACUAUAGUCGCCCCCCCCCCCCCAAAAAAAACAAACAAACAAACAAACAAAAAACUGUGUUUUUGUUUGUUUCCCUGAGUACAGCCAUGAAGUCAAAACUGCCCUUAAAAACACAAAAAAAGUAAAUCCUCCUUAGAUUUAAAUGUGGCUGACUUCUACUUCAGGGACUUCUUCCCGUGCACCUUUCAACUGCGUUCAGUGUUGCUGCUUCUGUUACAUCACUGUGUUGUGCUCUGCAUUGUUGAUCCCACAUCCCAAAUGUCAGGUUCCAUCACUCUGACCCCACUUUUAUGCUGAAGACCACUGAUAAUGAGAGCCAAGUCUCUCAGGUUACAGCUCGUGAGAGCGGACGGCAGUUCUCAGUGUAGGAGUCCACAGGGUCCACGCACAAAGCCGUGCGUCGGGUGACCAGCGUGGUCGUGAUCACACUGAAUGUUUUAAUGGAUGAACGAUGUAAAUUGAUCCCUCGGAGUGAGACUGUAAUCCCUGAGGCAGAACAUUUGUACAAUUGAAGUGAAAUUGUGUGGCAUGUGUGCCAUCAUUCAGCAGCUGGUCGUAGAGUAAAUUAGUCAGAUUUGAUGCCCUGCAACUUCUUAUGUGUAUCAGAAAUGUCAGAAUGGGACUUCCAACUGAUCUGUGUUUCAGGUAACCCUGGAAACGAUCCAGAGGUGCACAACAGGAUGACCUUGGAUCAGCUACAUUUAAAUCAGUGAUGGUUUUUGUUUUUUAUGGGCAGAGCCGCAGAACUUUUUGACCAGAAGUUAUAUAUAUUUAUAUAUGCAUUAAUCUGUAUUUUUACCUGAAGAUAACCUUAUUCAUGACCACCUCCACCCCUCAUCCUGUGUUAACUUGGCUCCAACUGUCUUUAAUCAAACCAGUACCGUCAUCAGUGGGUGCUAAAACCUCACCCCCUCUAUUUGUAUUAAUGGUGAGGCUGUUAGUUCAGCUUAAACCAUAGAAACAGUAAAUACUUCUAACUUGGAUAGCAGAAAUCUAAAUUCUUUUAGUUUUCCUGAUGAUUACCACCAAAUUGCCCCCAGAGCUUUUUUUUUUUUUUUUUUUAACUCAGCAAAAUGCUACCAGGGAGUAAAUCUAUCCAGUUUUUAUUUCUGAAGCUCCUGAAAAUGCAUACAGGUGUUAAUUUUUACCCAUCACCCCUCAGAGGAGAGCUUUUCUGACCUUCUGGGUUUCAGUUUUAUUAACAGAAUAGUUUUUUGUUUGUUUGGUUUUUUUGGCCUCUUAGUCUGUAAAGAUGUAAAAAAAAAAAAAAAGAAAAAAAAAAAGAAGACUUUAAGAAGAAAAAAAAAAAUCCAGAAUUGUCACCUGCACUGUGGCUUCCACGUUAAACCAAAAUGUAUCGCAGCUGUGUGUUUUUUAGGCCUGUGUUCAUGCUCGCCACUCGCAGAGAAACAGGAAGGCCGAGGCUUUCGCUUGACACAACAUCCAUCUUUCCCUCUAGCCCCCCCGGCCCUCACACCCACCCAGGAAUCCAGAGUUGGCAUUUUUCCUCACGGUGGAACCGAGCUUUCUGUACUUUGGUUUGUUUCUUUUCUUUUCUUUUUCUUUGGAUCGCAAGCAGUCACGGCAUCGUUUAGAAAA